CGGCAUCCUCUUCCUCUUUUUCUGGUGAGAGCUGUUGAUUGCCAUCUAGCAGUUCCAGUAGUUUUAAGUGGUCAAGACUGUUUUUCUAGGAGCUGAUCUCAGGUUUUCAAGAAAGCCCACAAGGGAUCAAGUUUGUUUUCUGUUAAUUACUAGAGCUUUUACAGCCUUGCUUUUCUCGUUGAAAUGGUCACGGGUUGGGUGCCGGUUUGAUCUCUCUGCACUUCUGGGAAAUCUUCCUUUUUGGGGAGAGGCUGAGACCUUCACUGAUCCAAAAGUUCAAGAAAAGAUGACCUUUUUUGUACUCUGACGUCCUUUAGAAGUGAAGUGAGUGUCAGCUGGGGUAUUUUGGCCAACUGUUGAAGUCUGAAAAAUAAUCUGGUGCAAAAAUGUUCUGCGGUAAAAAGCAAUCAUUUGAAGUGCAACGGAUAGUGAAAGCCAAUGACCGUGAAUAUAAUGAAAAGUUCCAGUAUGCAGAUAAUCGUAUCCACACAUCCAAGUACAACGUUCUCACCUUCUUGCCAAUUAAUUUAUUUGAACAGUUCCAAAGAGUGGCGAAUGCCUAUUUCCUUUUCCUUCUGAUUUUACAGCUGAUUCCAGAAAUCUCCUCCUUGACCUGGUUUACCACCAUUGUGCCUUUGGUCCUGGUAAUAACCAUGACAGCUGUCAAAGAUGCCACAGAUGACUAUUUUCGUCACAAGAGUGAUAAUCAAGUAAAUAAUCGGCAGUCUGAAGUGCUCAUCAACAGCAAGCUGCAGAGUGAAAAAUGGAUGAAUGUGAAAGUUGGAGACAUCAUUAAAUUAGAAAAUAACCAAUUUGUUGCUGCCGAUUUGCUUCUUCUAUCAAGUAGUGAGCCACAUGGCCUCUGUUAUAUUGAAACUGCUGAGCUUGAUGGGGAAACGAACCUAAAAGCUCGCCAUGCAUUGUCAGUCACUAAAGAGCUUGGAGCAGAUAUCAGCAGGCUUGCAGAGUUUGAUGGGAUUGUCGUCUGUGAGGCACCUAACAACAAAUUAGAUAAAUUCACAGGAGUCCUCUCUUGGAAAGCCAGCAAGCACUCCCUCAACAACAAGGAGAUAAUCCUGAGAGGCUGCGUCCUGAGAAACACCAGUUGGUGUUUUGGAAUGGUUAUUUUUGCAGGUCCCGACACCAAGCUAAUGCAGAACAGUGGUAAGACUAAAUUUAAAAGGACAAGUAUUGAUAGAUUGAUGAAUACACUAGUACUGUGGAUUUUUGGGCUUCUGGCAUGCUUGGGAAUUAUUCUUGCAAUAGGAAAUUCAGUCUGGGAGCAGCAAGUCGGGGAACAAUUCAGAACUUUCCUCUUCUGGAAUGAAGGAGAGAAGAACUCCGUGUUCUCAGGAUUUUUAACAUUCUGGUCAUAUGUUAUUAUUCUCAAUACCGUUGUACCUAUUUCACUCUAUGUGAGUGUGGAAGUAAUUCGUCUGGGACACAGUUAUUUUAUAAACUGGGACCGGAAGAUGUAUUACUCCGGGAAAGCAACACCUGCUGAAGCUCGAACAACAACACUCAAUGAGGAACUGGGCCAGAUUGAAUAUAUUUUCUCUGACAAAACGGGUACCUUGACGCAAAACAUCAUGACUUUUAAAAAAUGCUCCAUCAACGGGAGGAUCUAUGCAGGUGAAGAACAUGAUGACCCAGGUCAGAAGACAGAAAUGACUAAGAAAAAAGAACCUGUGGAUUUCUCAUUCAACCCCCAAGCAGAUAAAAAAUUUCAGUUCUUUGACCAUAGUCUGAUUGAAUCCAUUAAACUGGGUGACCCCAAAGUGCAUGAAUUCCUUAGGAUACUUGCUCUCUGCCACACCGUCAUGUCGGAGGAAAAUAGUGCAGGCCAGCUGAUUUACCAAGUUCAGUCACCUGAUGAAGGCGCCCUAGUGACUGCUGCAAGAAAUUUUGGAUUCGUUUUUAAAUCUCGAACCCCAGAGACUAUAACAAUAGAAGAACUGGGAACACUAGUUACUUACCAAUUGCUUGCCUUUUUGGAUUUCAGCAAUAUCAGAAAAAGGAUGUCUGUCAUAGUUCGAAACCCAGAAGGGCAGAUAAAGCUUUAUUCCAAAGGAGCGGAUACCGUUCUGCUUGAAAAACUUCACCCUUCCAACGGAGACCUUCUCUCCUCAACAUCAGACCAUCUCAGUGAAUUUGCAGGGGAAGGCCUCCGAACCUUAGCCAUUGCGUACAGAGAUCUGGAUGACAAAUACUUUAAAGAGUGGUAUAAGCUGCUUGAAGACGCAAAUGCUGCCACAGAUGAGAGAGAUGAACGAAUAGCUGGGCUCUAUGAAGAAAUUGAAAGAGAUUUGAUGCUACUAGGUGCCACUGCUGUAGAAGAUAAGUUACAAGAGGGUGUUAUCGAAACAGUUACAAGCUUAUCACUAGCCAAUAUUAAGAUUUGGAUCCUAACAGGAGACAAACAAGAAACUGCCAUCAACAUUGGUUAUGCCUGCAACGUGCUGACUGAUGACAUGAAUGAAGUGUUUGUUAUAGCAGGAAACACCAUGGUGGAAGUUAGAGAGGAACUCAGGAAAGCAAAGGAAAAUUUGUUUGGACAAAGCAGAAGUUUUUCCAAUGGCCAUGUAGUUUGGGAAAAAAAGCAGCAUCUGGAGCUGGAUUCAAUUGUAGAAGAAACCGUAACAGGAGAUUAUGCCUUAAUCAUAAAUGGUCACAGUUUGGCUCAUGCCUUAGAAAGUGAUGUCAAGAAUGAUUUCCUAGAACUUGCCUGCAUGUGUAAGACUGUGGUGUGCUGCCGAGUCACCCCGCUCCAGAAAGCCCAGGUAGUAGAGCUGGUGAAGAAGCACAGAAAUGCCGUCACUUUGGCCAUCGGUGAUGGAGCCAAUGACGUCAGCAUGAUCAAAAGUGCACACAUCGGCAUUGGCAUCAGCGGCCAGGAGGGACUGCAGGCAGUCUUGGCCAGUGACUAUUCGUUUGCACAGUUUAGAUACCUCCAAAGGCUUCUCCUUGUUCACGGAAGGUGGUCCUAUUUCCGAAUGUGCAAAUUCUUACGCUAUUUCUUCUAUAAGAAUUUUGCAUUCACACUUGUGCAUUUCUGGUUUGGUUUCUUCUGUGGUUUCUCAGCCCAGACCGUUUAUGACCAGUGGUUCAUCACCCUUUUCAACAUUGUCUACACUUCGCUGCCUGUUUUAGCCAUGGGGGUUUUUGACCAGGAUGUAAGUGACCAGAGCAGCAUGAACUAUCCCCAGCUCUACGGACCUGGACAGCUAAAUCUACUUUUCAACAAGCGUAAAUUUUUCAUCUGUGUGGCGCAUGGAGUCUACACCUCAUUAGCCCUUUUCUUCAUCCCCUAUGGGGCCUUUUACAAUGGCUCUGGAGAAGAUGGCCAGCACAUAGCCGACUACCAGUCGUUUACAGUCACCAUGGCCACGUCUUUGGUCAUCGUGGUCAGUGUGCAGAUAUCCUUGGAUACCAGUUACUGGACUGUGAUUAAUCACUUCUUCAUCUGGGGCAGCAUUGCCACUUAUUUCUCCAUUUUAUUUACCAUGCACAGUAAUGGCAUCUUUGGCAUCUUCCCAAACCAGUUUCCAUUUGUUGGAAACGCACGGCAUUCCUUGACUCAGAAAUGCUUCUGGCUUGUUGUUCUCUUAACGACAGUGGCUUCAGUUAUGCCUGUGGUGGCAUUCAGAUUUCUGAAGGUUGAUUUAUACCCAACCCUGAGUGAUCAGAUCCGCCAGUGGCAGAAGGCUCAGAAGAAAGCAAGGCCUCCAAGUACUCGAAGGUCUCAGACCCGCAGGUCAAGCUCAAGAAGAUCUGGAUAUGCUUUUGCUCACCAAGAGGGCUAUGGAGAGCUUAUCACAUCUGGAAAAAAUAUGCGCACUAAAAAUCCACCCCCAACGUCAGGGUUGGAAGCCCUGUAAAAUAGCAAUAGCUGGAUUGAAAAUUUACGUAAGAAAACCACAGACACAGUGAGCAGCCUUAGUCAAGAUAAAACAGUGAAACUUUGAAUCAAGAUGAGUGGGCUCCAGAGUUUGGAAUCAGGGAAUGAAGUGGGCAGAUUGCCUCACUUCACUUAAAUCUGUGGCAGACAGAUUCGAUGGUACCCAUCAAGAAGCAGAGUUCUGUGGGCAAACCAAGCCAGAUAGCCCCUGCCUAGCUCUUGAUUUUUAUCAACCUAGAUACCAAUUGACCCUGAAAUUUAGAAUCUCUUUUUUUGGAGAAAAACUUGUAAAUCUGCAUAUACAUUGAAUAGAUCCUCAGGUGCAUUCCCAAAGCGUAUAUAAUCAGCUGAAAAUAAUGCUUAUUGAGAGAUAAACACACACACACACAUAUAUAUGCAGGAGCAGCCUUUUCUAAGAUAUACUUAAACAAGAUUUAAAAUGUGUACUCAGGGCCUUUCAGACUCAGAACAGCUUGUCACUCACCAGUCUUGAUCUCUCCUUGUCUGCUCAGUCAGGACAACAAAUCACCUUCGUGCCUGGAGAAUAGAAAGUAUGUUGGUGAUCCUCAAUUUUCUGUUAGUAAAUGUCUGGGGAAAGAGUAAAUGGAGAGCAUCUUUACUUUAGUGUAUGCUGGUAACUUGGUCCAAUUUAUUCCAAAACCUCUCAAACUCUCAUUUAGGGACAUUCCCACAAAAUAUCAAGGAAAAAUGGUCUAGUAAGUAUUCUUCAUUCUUCUUGACGACUUGUAACAGCCUCAGGAGUAAUUUCCUCAGCGUCAUCCAGAGCCAUUGAUGGAAUCAACAAAGCAUUAGAGUUUCACACUUAAGUGACAGUAUUGCACACAAUAUAUGGUCAAAUACUAUCAACAUUUUCCAUUUAAAAAGUUAAGAUUUUAAACCAAACAAUUUUAAUAAGAAAUCUCUUCAAUUACUACUUAAAGACUCAGGUUUAGAUCAUUUAGAGUUAGUUGCUUAUCGAUGCCCAACUGUCAUGUUUAUAAUAUAAACAUAUCAAAAAAAAAAAAAACCAAACCCACUGCCGUUGAGUCGAUUCUA